AUGGACGACAGGAUUCCGCCGCCGUCUCACCUGCAGCAGUACUCGCAGUCCCCUGUCCAUUCUUCGCCUCAUCACCACCACCUCAAUUCCAUGAGGUACUCUGCCUCCUCUGAGAGAGAAAGGUAUCUGGCUGAGUUGCUUGCUGAGAGGCAGAAGUUAGGCCCAUUCAUUCAAGUUCUUCCCUACUGCACCAGGCUCUUGAACCAAGAGAUUUUGCGGGCAUCUUCUUUGCCACCUAACCAUAAUUUUGUUGAUGCUGAGAGAAUUGAGCAUGGUAGCCCGUUAAGGUUACCUGGCCACCCAGUGAAUGGUCAACCAAUGGAUCUGGAGGGAUGGUCAGGAAGGCAAGCAGAGCAUAUGGGGGUUCUGCAAGCAUCACCAAUGAGCUGGAAUGGUGCUCCAGCACUUGGUGGUACUCCUGUUGUCAAGAAACUUGUGAGGCUAGAUGUUCCUGUGGACAAGUAUCCUAACUUCAACUUUGUUGGCCGUCUAUUGGGGCCACGAGGAAACUCCCUGAAAAGAGUUGAAGCUACGACUCAAUGCAGAGUUUACAUUCGUGGGCGUGGAUCAGUUAAAGACUCUGUGAAGGAAGAGAAGCUGAGAGAUAAGCCUGGAUAUGAGCACCUCAAUGAGGCACUGCACGUGCUUGUGGAAGCAGAGUUCCCAGCAGACAUUAUUGAUGUGCGUCUAAACCAAGCUGUGACCAUCCUGGAAGAUCUUCUCAAACCAAUGGAUGAGUCCAUGGACUACUACAAGAAGCAGCAGCUGAGAGAGCUGGCCAUCCUGAAUGGCACUCUGAGGGAGGAAAGCCCCAGCCCCCACCUUAGCCCGAGCGUGUCCCCCUUUAACUCCGCCGGGAUGAAGCGUCCGAAAACGGGGCGGUGA